CACCCAACUGGCUGGGAGAAAAAAAACAUUUCCUCUUUUACUCAUCCCUCACCUUCUCGGAUCUAGGGUUAGGGUUUCGUGAUUCCUCCCCUAUUCUCUCGAAUCGAGAUGAUCGCGGUUUGUAAUCUGCGAGGUCCCUGAUCCGAUCGAUCGGCGAUCGUGCGAUCAAUGGGCUGCGUCGGUUCCACUUCGAGAAAGCAUGUCCCGGGCUAUGAAGACCCCGUGAUUCUCGCAUCGGAGACUGCUUUCAGUGUUAGUGAAGUUGAGGCACUGUUUGAGCUAUUUAAGAGCAUUAGCAGUUCUGUGAUAGAUGAUGGGCUGAUAAACAAGGAAGAAUUUCAGCUUGCCUUGUUUAAGAACAAGAGAAAGGAAAAUCUUUUCGCAAACAGGAUCUUUGAUAUGUUUGAUGUAAAGCAAAAGGGAGUCAUUGAUUUUGGUGACUUUGUUCGGGCACUGAAUGUAUUUCACCCGAGCGUCUCACAAGAAGAAAAAAUUGAUUUCUCAUUCAAACUUCAUGAUUUGCAUGGCACAGGCUUUAUUGAGCGGAAAGAGGUCAAGCAAAUGCUAAUUGCACUUCUAUCAGAAUCUGAAAUGAGAUUAUCUGAUGAAACUGUUGAACUUAUUCUGGAUAAGACAUUUCAGGAGGCUGAUGUAGACAAGGAUGGAAAGAUCGACAAAUUAGAGUGGCACAACUUUGUUUCUCACAACCCAUCACUGUUGAAGAUAAUGACUCUCCCAUAUCUCAGGGACAUAACGACUACUUUUCCGAGUUUUGUGUUCAACUCAGAGGUUGAUGACAUUGCUACUUGACAUUCACCUACCUACCCUUGUUUCUUCUUUUUUAUUUUUGUGCGGGGGUAGUAUGCAAAGCAAAAAACACGCCCAAAAAAAGUAUAAUCUAAUUUUUGCUCGAAUGAUGUAUGUAUACUCAGCUCGUGUAUUUGGAAAGAAGCAUUGUUAUGUUUUCUUUCAUGUGGCAGGUUUUGUAUGAAGCCUUCCAUUUUGUUAAGUUGGUUAAUAAUAAUAAUAAUAAUAAUAUUGGUUUC